AAAUACAUAUAAAUGAGACAAUAAGCAAGUUGUUACUCAUAAUUAACGUAUUUUUCUUCAAAUAAUGCUCACCUACCCCUUCUUUUUAUUUCCAUAAAUGUUUUGUUGAGGAGUUCAAGUCGGCAUUUUCUUUGUGUCAUCAAGCCAUGUUCAGAGCUUUGAGCACCCGCAGAAGCAGCAGCAGCUAUGAGCGAUUAACUGAUGAGUCAGCAGUUAGUUCUUUUGAGUGGAAGUUGAAGAGGGUCACAAGCUUACCAGCUCGAGUAUUCGGUUCAUCGUCGAAGAAACUAUCCCCGGAAUCCACGUCCACACUUGAUUCUCAGGCGAAGAGCACAAAGAAGAAGGUUAACAAGAAGAGUCAUCCAAUCUUUAGUCUCUCUGACAGUUCUUCUUCUGGUAAGAAGAAAGUAACUUCUAAGCCAGAAUUCGCCAGGUACAUGGAGUAUUUGAAGGAAGGGGGGAUGUGGGAUGUGAAUACUGAUAUGCCUGUUAUUUACUUCAAGUGAAGAAGCUUUGUGUAUUAAUUAAUUAAUUAAUUAAUUACAGAGAAAUAAUGAGGUUUUUCUUAGCUUUCAA